CUAUUUUAUUUAUAUUUUUAUAAGAAAAUUAUGUUUUCGAUCUUUGUUUUGUUUUUAUUUCUUUCGUUAAGUUUUCUUUUUCAUUCUUGGUACCUGUGUAAUAACGGCAAUUUUGAAUUAAAGUAAAAAACUUCAAUUGGCACUUCUGCGAGAUUAGGUUAUGUACACAUAAAAAAACUGUUUUUAUCGUGUUUAUAAGGUAUUUAAAAAGAUUGUGAUUGCAAAAAUGAGAAAUCUUUUAUUAUUGUGCAAAGAAAACUUCAAUACGGGAUGCAAUAAACUGAAAUCCGUGAAGGUGGAUACACAGAAUAGUGGAGUAUCUUAUGCCACAUGUGAAGAUGAAGUUUUCCGGAUACGAUGGCGAGAACAGAAGAUGGAGUCUCUCUUUACCUGCCCAGAUCUCCUCGAUGUGGAAUACUUAAUGUUAAGCACUGAGCUUUGUGUGGCCAAGAAAUCCGGCGAAAUCCUGCUUUGGAAUUUUGAGAGAAACUCAUUCGAUGAAGUAGGCUUUUGUGGAGACACCAUAACUUCAAUGUCUUGGAGUCCUGAUCAGGAACUUGUUGUCUUUGCCACAGAGUCCAGCAAAAUUAUUUUGAUAAAUUCACUCUUUGACAUAGUUGAAGAAGUCAAUCUGCUGGAAAAUACUUUUGGAGAUAAGGAAUUUGUUGUUCUGGGUUGGGGAAAGAAAGAGACACAAUUUCAUGGUUCUGCUGGGAAAAAAGCAGCCCAGAGAAAGGAAGUAACUGACAUUACUGAAUUAUUAGCUCCUGACGAAAUUGAAAAUACAAAAGUCAAUGUUGUUUGGCGUGGAGAUGGGGAAUACUUUGCAGUGAACUUUUUGAAGGACAAUCUGCGCCUCUUCAAGGUGUUCAAUCGGGAAGGAAAACUCCAGUAUACGUCGGAAAAAUGUGUGGGACUGGAGAGUGCCAUAGCAUGGAAGCCAUCUGGAUUAUGGAUAGCUGUACCCCAAAAAGUUUCGGAUAAAUAUGUAAUAGGUCUCUUCGAGAAGAAUGGGCUCCGCCAUCGGGAGCUGUGUCUUCCCUUCAAGAGAGAUGAUGAAAUAGUAAAGUCACUUAAAUGGAGCAGUGAUUCCGUGGUUCUGGCUAUUCAAACCGUCAAGGGGAAUCAGUCUUUUAUUUAUUUAUACACUUUGGGGAACUAUCAUUGGUACCUAAAGCAGUCUUUGCAGUUUCAACAAAUUGUACAGCAUUUCGACUGGGAUCCAUCACUCUACGAAUGGAAAUCCCUGCAUGUUCUUUUAGCUGAUGGAUCUUAUUUCGUCUACAAAUUUGAUUUCGAUGUAAACUGUUCUGCAGGACAAACAGAACAAGAUGAAUCUGUCGUGGCUGUUAUAGAUGGUCAACGAAUUUUACUGACAAACUUCCGGGGAGUAGUUGUUCCUCCUCCAAUGUCCGCCUUUACUCUCACCGGAGAGACUUUUAUAAAUUCUGUGGGAUUUAUUCAACAUCCUGAGAAUCCAAUUGAAAGUAACAAAUUCUUCACAAUCUCAAAUCAGAAUUUGCUGACAUUCUAUGAAUGUGAUUUCUCAGAGAACAAAUAUGUACGUCAUAUUGUGGGAUGCAAAAAAAUUGGACAGUUAGAAUUGAAGAAGUUAUGCUCAAGUUACAAUAUUGUACACUGGCAAACUGAAGGAUCCUUAAUCAUUGAGAGUCCUCAUAAGAAUGAUAGGUCUGGGUCCUCUUUGAGCCUCAUAAAGUUUGAUGAUGGAUUUGUUGGGGUUACUUCAGAUGAACUUGACAUCAAAACUCACGCAGUAAGCAUUACUUCAAGUGAUAAAAAUUCUUUAGUAAUUUGUUUGCUGGAUCAAACUGUGCUAAAAGUCAAGAUUGCAGAUGGGAAGUUUGUAGAAUGCAAGGAAUACGUAUCACUUCCGGAAUUUUGCGAAAAAACAGUCGCAGUAAAAAUUGGGAAUGAUGAAAAAGUUUUUUCCUUGAGAAGUCGCCAAAUGCUCUAUUUAAAUGGUGAUAAAUAUCAGCAAGAUGUGACUUCUUUCUUUAUUGCCCAUCCAUUUCUGGUCUACACAACAGUAGACGAACUGAGGAUUGUCAAUUUGACCAAUAUGAAUGUAGAUACUGUCCGGAAAACAGAGAGAGGAGCUAAAAUUGUCUCAAUUGUGCCAAAGCAUGAUAGGACGGUUCUGCAAAUGCCUCGAGGAAAUUUAGAGACCAUUCAACCCAGGGCCCUUACCCUGCUGAUAAUUGGAGAAUUAUUGGAUAAAAAUGAGUACAGGAAGGCUUAUGAAAUUCUCCGAAAGCAGCGUAUUAAUCUCAAUCUGAUUGUAGAUCACAAUCCAAAGGAGUUCUUUGAGAAAAUUGAGGUUUUUCUCAAUGAAAUUACAAAUCCAUCUUGGCUCAAUCUUUUCCUAACCGAUCUUCAGCCAGAAGAUGUGACUGUAACGAUCUAUGAGGGGUCCUAUAGGAUGAAGACCAGAGAAUAUCCUGAAAAUUACUCGAUAGAGGAGAAAGUUGAAAGGAUUUGUGAAGAAAUGUGUAGGAAAAUGGAGGUCAGGGAUGAAAAACGUUUCAUUCUUCCGAUAAUCACGAGCUUUGUGAAGAGAAAUGACGUAGAAUCUGCAUUAAGGGUUAUUUGGGAGAUCAGAAAUAAGGAAAAGUGCUUAGAAUCGAGUGAUUUUUCCGAAUCUGAGGACGCUCUGAAUUAUCUACUCUAUCUUGUGGAUGUUAACAAAUUGUACGAUAUUGCUCUGGGAAUGUAUGAUUUUAAGUUAGUGCUGUUUGUUGCUGAGAAAUCCCAGAAAGAUCCAAAAGAAUACAUUGCCUAUUUGAAUGAGUUAAAUCAACUUGAGGAGUUCUACAAACGCUACAAGAUUGACUUGCAUCUCAAGAGAUACAGCAAGGCUCUGGAGAACAUCUCAAAAUGUCAGGAACAUUUUACAGAAUGCAUGAAAUUGAUCAAAGAGCAACAUCUCUAUCCAAAAGCUUUGUUACUUUUCCCACUGGAAUCGGCAGAAUUUAGAGAAAUCUCCCAAGCUUACGCUGACAAUUUGCGUUCCAAAGGACUCCUCGAGGAAGCUAGCUUAAUGUAUGAGCGUGCAGGAAAUUUGGAAGAAGCUAUUCAGACAGCGAAAAACAUUCUAGAUUUCAAUAGGUGCUUGUCCCUCAAAAAGAAAUCCCAAGCUACGGAAGAAGAUCUCGUGAAAUUGGUUAAUUCUCUGAUACCUUCCAUGAAGGAGAAUUGCAUGUUCAAAGAAGCUGCUGAUCUCAUAAAGCAGUACAUGAAAAAUUCGACUCAAGUCAUUGAGACGCUUCUCGAGGGGAAAUUGUACAUGGCAGCCGUUUACGAAUGGUACGAGGCUAAAUCGACUGAUUAUACGUUGGAUUGCAUGCGAAAUCAUUGGCAAAAGUAUGCAGAGGUGCUAAUGGAUUGCAUGAAAAACGAUAAAAGUCAAUUUGUAAGUUACAAAAUGCGUCUUGCAAUUGUUCGUCAGAAGCGCUUGGAACAAUCCGCCGAUGAUGUGGAUCCUAGUCAUUUUGACGAUUGUGAUUUGUACUCAGACACAACGAGUUUAAAUAGCUCGAGGAUCACCGGAAGCUCAAGGGGAAGCUCCAAGACAUUCAAGUCCAGCAAAAGUAAACGAAAGCACAAAAGGAAGCUGUUUAGUUUAAAGGAGGGGAAUCCUUUUGAGGAUGUCGCUCUAAUUGAUGCUCUGUACAAUUUGAUCAGCAAGUGCUUCAAUCAGCAGCAACAUGUGAAGGAGAUCUGCAAAGCCAGUAUUCUGUUGAAUGUUGACGUGAUGGGAAAAGAUUUGCAGCACUGCUACAAGAACUUGCUGCACACCAUUCAACUAUCACUGGACGAAAUUUGGAUUCCCAAUGAUACACGUUUUGAAAUAGUGGAACCCCACAAGAGAAUUAAGCCACAUUUCAAUUCAAUGAACUGGGAGUAUGAAAUUUUUAAGUGAGUUUUAUUGCACUUUUAGUUCUGGUUUUUUUAUAAUGAUACGUUGAAUUGUAAAAUAUUCUAUUUGAUGAAAUUGUAAUACAAUAAUAUAUGCAAAUUUCAAGGA